AAUGCAUUAUUAUUAGUUUCAGUGUCAAUGCUACUGUUGAAGAAGCAUAGUAAUAACAACACAAUCUGUAUAAGUUUUCUUUUGUCUUCAUUUUCAAAACUGUUUAACAUAGUGCAGUAUGAAUCCAAAUAAGAGUGAUGCAAAACUCUCUUUAAAAAGAAAAGGUGAAUGCGCACCAUUUGUACCAAGAAAAAUACCUAUAGCUUCUUCUCACGUAACUAAAAUAAAAAACGACGGUAUACAUAAGCCGAAGAUUGUGGAUUCCACUGGUGUUUCUGCAUCCAGUAAAUAUAGAAAACUCCACAAUUGUUUACCAGCCGAACUGACACCUAUAUCAAACAAAACCAAAAUAUUAAAUUCUAAGCGAAAAUCUAUUUCCUUGGUCGAACUACCCAGUAUCCAGAAGAUAUGCACUCUCAAAAAGCGAUACAGCAAGGAACAAGGCGAUGAAACAAAAAUGUCUAUAAUAGCUUCUAAAAGGUGUAACAUUACAUCAUUGAAUAGUGUGGAAGAGUUUGAACUUGCUAGAAAAGUGUGCAAAAUAUUCAUUUUGCAUUCUUGGAGGAAGCGGAGAUAUGAAGUAACGAAACUUCGAAUUGACGCACAGAAAAUAGAGAAUGAGGUUAGUUUAAAAUCAACUCUCGUACCUCAUAAACGUCACAAAAUAUGGGGACGGUUCGAUUACUCUACUGAUCGUUGGGCCAACGACCCUUCUGGAAGAAGUGUAAAUCGGUCCAAUUGCACCACUGAUCGUUGGGCCGACAACCCUCUUAUAUAA